AUGGCGACCGCAUCUCUCGUUCCAACUUCCAAAAUCUUCCCUGCCUCUCCGAAAUCUCCAGCAUCAAUUAGAGCAAGAACCAGCGUAAUUGUUGCAUCCUCGCAGCAGCAACAACAACAACAAAGAAGGAGAGAGCUGUUGUUGAAAUCAGCGGUAGCGAUUCCGGCGAUUCUGAAUCUGAAAGAAGCUCCAAUCGCGGAGGCGCGUGAGGUUGAAGUCGGAUCGUACUUACCACCGUCUCCGUCUGACCCUUCCUUCGUCCUCUUCAAAGCCAAACCUUCCGAUACUCCUGCUCUCCGCGCAGGAAAUGUGCAGCCGUAUCAGUUUGUUCUACCGCCGAAUUGGAAACAGUUGAGAAUAGCCAACAUUUUGUCAGGUAACUACUGCCAACCGAAAUGUGCAGAGCCAUGGAUCGAAGUCAAGUUUGAGAACGAGAAGCAAGGCAAAGUUCAAGUUGUGGCGUCUCCUUUGAUCCGUUUGACAAACAAACCGAAUGCAACUAUUGAAGAUCUCGGUGAGCCGGAGAAAGUGAUCGCUUCUCUUGGUCCGUUUGUCACCGGAAACUCUUACGACUCUGAUGAGCUUUUGAAGACUUCAAUCGAAAAGAUCGGAGAUCAAACGUACUACAAGUAUGUAUUGGAGACGCCGUUUGCGCUAACGGGAAGUCACAAUCUUGCAAAAGCGACGGCAAAGGGAAACACGGUGGUUCUGUUUGUUGUGAGUGCUACUGAGAAGCAGUGGCAGAGCUCACAGAAGACUCUUGAAGCCAUUCUCGAUUCUUUUCAACUGUAA